CCAUCACAGUUCUUUAGAGUAAAAUUAUAGUACAUUCUCAAAGGAAAUAAAAAUCACCAUUCUGAUAUUGGAAAUGAAGUAUGUCUGGCACUUUACAGAAUCUGUACUCUUAUCUUUGCUUCAUAUUUGCUUAGCAGAACAGACCAAUUAUGCUCCUUAUUUUUUUGACAAUGGACCUAGAAGCACCAAUGGGAACAUGGCCCUUUUGAGUCUGUCUGAGGAUAUACCAGUAGGUAGCUACAUCUAUACGUUAAAUGGUAGUGAUCCAGAAGGAUAUCCAGUAACGUAUGGCCUAACUUUUGAACCUGGAUCAAAAUGCUAUUUUUCUGUUGACCUAGUCCAUGGAAAUGUUACAUUAAUUGAAGAGCUGGACAGAGAGAAACAGGAUGAGAUUGAGGCAGUUGUCAGCAUUUCAGAUGGACUAAACAAGGUUUCUGAGAGAGUCCGAGUUCUAGUAACAGAUGCCAAUGAUGAGAGCCCAGAGUUCCUGAAUACGCCUUAUAUUAUUAGCGUACCCGAGAGCACUCCUCCUGGAAGCAGUAUUUUUCAGUUAGAGGCAAUAGACAGAGACACAGGGUCUGGUGGAAGCAUCACAUAUCUAAUACAGAACUCACAUAGCGCCAAAUUCACAGUAGAUCGUCACACUGGAGUUUUUCGUAUAAAAACUGGGAUGUCAUUAGACUUUGAAAAAUCAAGAACACAUUUUGUUACAGUCCUAGCAAAGGAUGGAGGAGGAAAGCUUCGUGGCAAGUAUCAGGUGUUUACCUCUACAACUACAGUGACCAUCAAUGUGGAGGAUGUGCAAGACUCCCCUCCUGUGUUUGUAGGAACACCUUACUAUGGCUAUGUCUAUGAGGAUAACACAUUGGGAUCUGAGAUACUUACAGUGGUGGCAUUUGAUGGGGACAGAGGUAAUCCCAACACUAUACAGUAUUCUCUUUUGGAUGGAAGCGACGGAGCUUUUGACAUAAACAAUGUUACGGGUGUUGUUACAGUCAUUAAAAAUCCAAAUGAACUCAAGAAAGAGGUUUAUGAGCUAAAGAUCCAGGUUUCAGAACUCACGCCUGGAGGAGAAGUAGCAGGUCAUGCAUUAACAACGGUCACCAUAAGAGUUGUUGACCUAAACAACCACCCACCAACCUUCUAUGGGGAAAAUGGACCCCAGAACAAGUUUGAACUUACCAUGUAUGAACAUCCACCUGAAGGAGAGAUUCUAAGAGGACUUAAAAUUACUGUUAAUGAUUCAGACCAGGGCGCAAAUGCCAAAUUCAACCUCCGUUUGGUUGGACCUGGAGGAAUGUUUCGUGUUGUGCCACAGACAGUAUUAAAUGAGGCUCAAGUGACGAUAAUUGUGGAGAACUCUGCAGGAAUAGACUAUGAAAAAUUUCAUUUGCUAACUUUUAAGCUUCUUGCUAUUGAGGUCAACACUCCUGAAAAGUUCAGCUCAACAGCUGAUAUAACCAUUCACCUUCUGGACAUAAAUGACAAUGUUCCAAAGUUUUCCUCUGAGUAUUACGUUGCCAGAAUUCCAGAAAACUCCCCUGGGGGCUCUAACGUUGUAGCUGCAACUGCAACUGACCUGGAUUCAGGACUUUGGGGGGAAAUCAAAUAUUCUAUAUAUGGAGCUGGAUCUGAUCCAUUUCUAAUUCAUCCCUCAACUGGGAUAAUUUAUACACAGCCUUGGGCUACCCUGGAUGCUGAGGAGACCUCCAAGUAUAAUUUCUAUGUCAAAGCUGAGGACACUGAAGGGAAGUACAGUUUAGCCGAAGUGUUUGUUACUGUGUUAGACAUCAAUGACCACUGCCCGGAGUUCAAUGAGAACAUUCAAGAGCGGACCAUGGUGAUUGGCACCCCUGUAAAAAUAGAGGCAACAGACCAAGAUGCUGAAGAACCAAACAAUAUUGUGAACUAUUCCAUCAUGCAAGCUGAUCCAGACAAUGUAUUUGAAAUAGACCAAAGCACUGGAGAGAUCAAACUUAAGUCAUAUAUCCGAUCGCUGGAUGUAAUUCAUAACAUUACCCGCAACCAAAACUGCAAGUGGUCUGUGGUUGUACAGGCGAAAGACAGAGGCUCUCCAUCAUUCAGUACCACUGCUGUGGUCAAGAUUGAUGUUACAGAAGAGACUCUUCUUCACAAGGGGCCUGUGGCUGCCUUUUUGAUGCAAAGUAAAGAUAACCCCAUGAAAGCCUUAGGGGUGCUAGCUGGUGUCAUGGCAAUUAUGGUGGUCAUAACAAUCUUAAUAUCCACUGCAAUGUUCUGGCGUAACAAAAAGUCUAACAAAGUUGUUCCACUGAGGAGAAUAAUUAGAAGGAGAAGAACGGAUCACCCACCCAGAAUGAUUAGGACAGAGUGGUUGAAGUUCAAGAAGUCCACAGGUUCUGCUGAUAAGUUCUCCAUGCACGAUAUGGAAGGUGGUCCUCAAAAUGAGAAUGGCAAUAACAACAGUCAGUGUAUCCUUUUUCCACCCAAUGCUCCCUGCCCACCUCCACCACCACGCCUAAUACCAAGAGCCAGUAAGACAGAAUGGAGAGUGCCCACCAUCUCUGGGUCCCUGACACCCAGGAUUAUUGAUCAGCAAAUGAAAGAGAAAGUUCCAAGUGCAAGCGCUGCCCUUGUAUCUGAACUGAAGCAGAUGUUGGAGAAGAAAAAUGCCAGUAGCUCAAUAUCUUUUUACUAGUAUGUCCACCAAGAGGAAAUCUCUUUGCACAUCUAUUCAUUGAGUUUGACCAUGGUUCUGUGUGAAUCUGAAAUCAUCGGUGUACAUAACAUGUAAAGAUUUUUUUUUCUUGAAAUGCAAAAUGGAGAUGGAUGUGCAUUGCUUAAAUAUGCUAUAAGAUGCACAAUUCUUUAUAGGCAUCUCUCAUACUCAGUGCUUCAGCUUGCUGUGUGUUUCAGUUCUGAACCUAUUAUAGAAAGUAGAGAUGUGUGCGGACCUCAUUGUUUUGGUUUUGGUUCUAAUUCAUCAUCAUGUUUUGGUUUUAGAAAAACAACCCUCAAGUGUUAUAAUUCGGAUUUAGAUCACGGUUCGAUUUAAAAUCAAUAAAAAAAAUGAAUUGAUAAAAUUGAUGAAAAUUUAUAAAAACAGCUAAAAUCCUGUAAUUUUUGCAAUCUAAAACCCAAAAUUAGAAUUUAAAAUCCGAAUUCUGAACUAUGGGAAGAUUUGAACCAGCACUCGGUUUGAAUUGGAUCUCCUCGGGGUAUCUGGACCUGUUUUUGGUUCGGUUCUGAUCCACAAAAUUUGGGAAGAUUUGGAUUUCUGGAUAACUGAACCAUACAUCUCUAAUAGGAAGGGUACUUGUAUUUGCUGCUGGCUGCCAAAAGUGCACACAGUUUUUAUUGAAUAAAUUCAGGAAUACAAAUACUAAAACUUUACAACUUAUAAUUUAUUUAAUUUUGUUUUAUGUAAAAUGCUAAAUAAGCGGGGCAUUCUGCUAGGUAUAAGAUUUUGAAUCUAUGUACAUUUAUUUAUUAAGAGGUAAAACGGUGUGGGCUGAGUUUUUAUAGUAUAUAUAAAAAUAUAUAUAGUAUAUUCUGUCUUCUAAACUCCUCACUUAUGUACUAUGGAUAGGUACGAUGUUGUUGCUAAUAGGUGUUCCAGAUAAUUAGUAACAUAUCAAUAUGAUAAUUUGUGCCCAGUUUAUUUAGAUAAUAGACUGGAGCAGGGUCAUUUUUACACUACUGCAUGCACCACGUGAUCUCUUUCAGUGACUGUGGGUCUAUUUACUAAGCCUUGGAUGGAGAUAAAGUUGCUGGAGUUAACGUACCAGCCAAUCAGCUCCUAACUGCCAUGCCACAGGUUGUGUUUAAAGAUGACAGUUAGGAGCCAGUUGGUUGUACUUUAUCUCCAGUGACUUUAUCCCCAUCCAAGGCUUAGUAAAUAGACCCCUAUGUUAGGUGCACAGGGCUAAAGGUACUGGAAAUAGAAGGGAAAGCUGGCUGGAUGGAAGGAAAUUUCUCUGCUGCUCUUAGUACACAGAGGGGAAGUUCUCACCUUGAGCAGGGAAAAUUAAACUGCCCAGGUGGUAAAGGCCUUAACGUGGCAAAACAAAAAGUAAUAACUGGAUAUAUUUAUACCACUCUCUCCCUGUGCAGACGUGCAAGUGUACAUUUCAGUGGAAUCAUGUCACACAAUAAAGCUAAGCUGGCUUUCAUGGAAGUUGCAAGAUAUAGUGAGUGCCGCACCUGGUCUACAGUACAGGGCAUGUGGGUAAAAUUGCAGAGUCUGUCCUCUGUUCUCAACAUUCACAUGUCAUACUGAUUUAACAGUAAUACCCUACUGUUAUGGUCUAGGCCAUCUUUCUGGCCAUGGGCUGUAGAGAGGAGAUGGUAGAAUAAUGUAUACCAGGGAUAUUCUAUGUGCACCCCUACAGCUGUGUUGGAACUACAUAUACCAGUAUACCCUGCCACUAUUUUGCUAUUAUUAGGGAAUGCUAAAACUGUGACAGGGAUUGCUGGGAUUUGUAGUUCUACAACAGCUGGAGUGCCACAUCUUUAAUACCCCUGGUUUAAAGGGUAAACAUAACCAUUUUCUACUAUGUAAGUAUUUCUAUUUUUGGCACACUGUGUGAUUCAUGAUGACCCCUCUACUUCACUGUGUUCUCUACAGGAACCUAUAGAAACAGAUUCUGAUUACCUGGAUAUGAAUUUUAAUUAGAGACGUGUUACAGAUGUGUUAGUGAUAACUUUGUCAUGUAUCAUUUUUUUUUUUUUACAAAGAAAACUCAAUAAAGAUUCUGAAACCAAUUAAGAUUCUUUUUUUUUUCUCUCAAACGACAAGCUAAAAUAGUGAUUUGUGAGUGACUAUUUGUAAAUGUAAAUUAUUGUGUACCCUACAAUGUACAAACUGGAAAUAA